AUGCUUGGCGAACCAUGGGUUGGUAUACAUCACAGAAAUCGAACGCCACCAGACACAGGAAUCUUGACUAGGCAUGAGGUUUACUUAGCCAUUCCUUCAGUGUUUCAUCCACAUUCCUACACCGAUACCAGUACUGGUAUAGGAAUACGAAUUGUCGUCGAUUCAUUGUUUUUCGUCAAUUUCUGGUCUGUCCACCUUGACUACCUAUCUUAUGGGCCAUAUGCUGCAUUCAACAAGAUGGUGACAUCCAUGGGUCAAAUCCUUGCAGGAGAAAAACGACCUAACAUUAUUAGAAGAGAACAAAAUGUUGAAGAACUUCGGAACAACUCAAGGAUGACUGCUUGGAGAAGAAAAGCCGAUAUCGUACCGGUCAUUGUCGGCGGUGAUUUCAAUUCACCAUCUCAUCUCGAUUGGACCGAAGAAAAUCGGGACAUACAUGGUGGAUGGGUAAUAGAAUGGCCAGCAACGAAACUUAUGGAGGAGAUGAAUUUUAUUGACUCGUUCAGGGAGCUCCAUCCAUUUCAUCAAGAGCCAGGCUUCACAUGGUCAACCGUGAACAAAUUCAAUUCGCAGUGGGACUACACUAUUCCUGAACCUCAAGACCGAAUCGAUUUCAUCUUCUAUCAAGGCGGGAGAAGGAAAAUCACGCCUGUCAAAUCGUUUAUGUACGCUGGCACGGAACCCUUAAAGGCCAAUUCCAUAUCACCAAGACAAUGA